CAAUUGUCUUGUGAUAUGAUUAUUGCCUUAAUGUGACUUAGAGAUUGACUCAAUUCCAAGUUUAUGAUUGUCUAUUACAAGCUCUCCUACAUAUGAUUGUCAGCUGCCGGUAACGUUAACUGGUACGUCGACAUCCCAACAAUGCUUUGAUGGCAGCCUGGUAAGAAUAGCUCUCCCCACAGGUCCUGGCCUCCGCAGACGAGAGUGUGAAGCAGUAAGAAAACAAUAGAGGUGACUGUAUUUAGUGGCAAGCUGUGAGGGUCAGCACUGUGGUCGUGGAACAGUGUUGAAGGGGACAGCAGCUCAGGAACUUCCCCCUGAUUUGGAUCUGUCAGUUUUAAAGAAGCUUUUCUUCAGAGGUUUGUUUUCUACGGGAUCAGGGUUAGUGCUGAACAACGAGGAUGAUGAGCGCAACAGAUCUACUCUUCAUCACUAUCAGUCACAAUGUCUCCUUUAUGGGCAAAACCUGGUGGAUGUUGAUGCUGGUUUUACGUCUGCUAGUCCUCCUGCUGGCUGGCUUCACCCUAUUUAGUGACGAGCAGGAAAGAUUUAUCUGCAACACCAUCCAGCCAGGCUGCUCUAAUGUGUGUUUUGACGUAUUUGCUCCUGUAUCUGUCUUCCGUCUCUGGCUCUUCCACCUUAUUCUUCUCUGUCUUCCCCAUGUGCUGUUUGCAACCUACGUCAUGCAUAAAGUCUUGUCACAUCCCUCUUCUGGAGGUUUCUACAGCUACAGGAGUCGAGGAGGGUCACCUUUCACCCUUGAGAACUCGAGCUCCUCAAGAGAACUGUCCUUGCAUAAAGCUCCACUUCAUGAACUCCCACGUGAAUGGCAAGUGCCACGCUUCUACUGCGCUUACUUCCUGGUGGUAGUUCUACGGAUCCUUAUAGAAGUGGUUUUUGGUGCAGGCCAGUUUUUUCUCUUUGGUUUGUCCAUCUCUAAGAGCUUCCUCUGUUACGAAGCUCCCUGCACAUCUGGGGUGGAAUGCUACAUCUCCAGACCAACUGAGAAGACCUUAAUGCUCAACUUCAUGCUGGGUGUUGUCUCCUUGUCCAUUCUGCUGAGUUUGGUAGACCUGGUGAGCUCCAUGAAGGCGAUGGUGAGAUGGAGGAGGAAAAGGGAGAUUUUUAUGGAGGAGAUGAGUAAAGGAGAGCAAAGCAGUAUGUUUACAACGACAACUAUGACUGAAGACGGCGAUGUUCUUUUAACCAGAAAAAUCAGCCUGAGUGGAAGCUCAAAGAAUGGUCUCAAAGAUGAAAAACAUGCUGCUGCUGUUGUGCCAAAUGGUGAACCUCUUCAUACAAAGAUGAAUGGUGGAACCAUAAUUAAAACUGUCAAAUCCACUAAUGAUAAGAGGCCAGAAAGCAAAGAUGCUAAGGCGGAGAUGUCUCGGUCACCCACUGCCAUGAGCACGCCAGUAACAACUCACUUUGUCACUUUGAAACCUCCACUGUGCCCUUGCCCUGACAGGGGACCGCCACCAAACCCUAGGCUGCCAACACCCAUGGCUGUCAAAAAGCUAGGCCAGUACACUCCAGCUGGGGCAAACUCAGGCCAACAGUCUGAUAGCAGUGAAUCUCAAGACAAGAGGGCAUGGGUGUAAUUGACUGGGUGGCCAUUUAUUACUGUCAUUGGACAAAAAGGGCCCAGAUAUUUAGCUUUAACUAUUAUUUUAAGCAUGAAUUCAUAAAAAGAGUUGUUGUAUUAUAAAGGAAGAUUUGCUAGAAAAUGCUGCACUAAUGAAUUUUUUUAUUAACAAUGAAUAAAAUGACUAUGUAUGAUGUGAAAAGUGUUGCUAAUAGUGACAAACCCACAUGUAUAUAGCCUUUUAGAAACUUUUAGCUCAUUGUUUUAGUUUUACAAAAUUCUGCUCUCAUCAAUCCAGCUGUUUUCAGAAACUAAGCUCUCAUAAACCCACUGUACCCGCUGGCUGCUACCAGCCCAGCACCAAAUGGCAGACAGACAAAAUCAGCAACAUCUAAGCUAGCAAGCUAAUAGCUUUAGCAAGCUAAGCAACAUAGUAUGCUAGCAAGCCAAAUAUCUGGCAUUAGCAAGCUAAAGAGACAGAUUUUUUUCUCAGGAGUUAGUGGAGACCAAAACAGACCUAAGAGGAGAGUGAAUAUUGGACUACAUUCAUCCGGUGGCUAGAAAAACGACAAAUGAAUGAUAAAGUUGCACCAUGUCUGCUAGAUAGACAAUGGUUUGCUAUUCGCCAUAGCAACUUAUGAGAGGAUUGUAAGUCAAAUUAAGUAUUUUCAGCGUGUUCCACUGUCCCAAAGUGGCCAAAAAGUAAAUUAGUGUAGCUUUGAAAAAAUGUAGUUUAGUUUAUCACAAUGUUGUAAUUUUGAAAUGAUGCAAACAGCUCAAGGGCUCACAGGACAUGAAAGUAACUGAACAUGAAAGUGACAAUGCAAAAUGUUCACCCAUACAGUAAAAGACAGUCCUAAACUUUACACGCGUUCAACAACGGAUCAAAAAUCAUUUAACUUGUCUCAAUCUUCACUUUUUUUUGGGGAUGCUUGUUUUCAAGUGACAAAACUGACUGUGCUUA